AGAAAGAGAAUCGCUAUGGCAAAAGAAUUAAAAAUGGAGUCAAACAUGGCGGACAAACAUCUGGACACUCAUACAGAUGAGCAAACUGAAAAAAUCUUGAAAGAAAAGUCCAUGCAUCUCAAGGCUGGAAAAUAUGCAGGGAAGCAUGUGAGAGUAUGGGAAGUGCUGCACUCAGAAUACAUAUCUAGCGAAAAGAGAUCGCAAAUAAUACUUGACUUCAAAGGGAGCAGACGAACAAUUGAGGAAAUUGUUGUUUUAGUGACUGCAAUUGUUGAAGAGACAACUUCAAAGAAACAUAAGUAUAAAGGCUUAAGAAAACAAGUUUCUGCAAGUCAACUGUUUGAGUCAAAAAUUAUAUCAAAGGAAGUCUUAGGUCAGAUCAUUCAAGGUGAAAUCACAGAUGAGGCCCUGAAUGAAAUGGAAUCAGUUCAAAAAUACCUCACCGUAACAAACAGCAUUGCAGGGGUAAGAGUUGAGUCAACAAAACAGAUCCUGAGCAUCUAUGAAGCCAAAACCAAAGGACUGCUGCCACCUGGAACAUCUCUAAUCCUACUAGAAGCUCAAGCUGCCACUGGUUUUGUCAUCGACCCAGUCAACAACAGGAAGUUGUCGGUGGAGGAAGCCGUUGCCGCAGGUGUGGUGGGUGCAGAAUGGAAGAGCAAACUGCUGUCAGCAGAGAAAGCUGUCACUGGCUACUCUGACCCUCACACUGGCAAUACAAUCUCCCUGUUCCAGGCCUUGAAGAAAGAACUGAUUGUAAAGGUUCAUGGCAUUCGUCUGCUGGAGGCCCAAAUCGCAACUGGAGGCAUCAUCGAUCCAGUGGACAGCCAUCGAGUGCCGGUAGAAGUGGCCUACCAGAGAGGCUACUUUGAUGAAGAAAUGAACCAGAUCCUCUCAGAUCCAGAUGAUGACACAAAAGGCUUCUUUGAUCCCAACACUCAGGAGAACCUCACCUAUCUGCAGCUGGUGGAGAGGUGUGUGAGGGAUCCUAAGACAGGACUCAGCCUGCUUGUAGUUGUGAAGAAAGGGGAAUUUUACUUUUACAUUGAUGAAUACACAAAGACCAUUCUCAAGUCCACCACAACAACAAAGGCAGGAGGCAAAUUCACUGGGCAGACGGUUUCACUGUGGGAACUCCUAUACUCCAAGUACAUUACUGAGGAGAAACGAAGAGAUCUUGUACAACAGUACAAAAUUGAAUCAAUUACAAUUUGUCACUUCAUGGAGCUAGUACUGAGGAUAAUUCAGCAGAAAACAUCCUCAACAACAGUUGAACAAACAACAGAAAAAUCAGAGUUUCAAAACUCAAAGACAACAACUAUGACAACAACAACAACUGAAACAGCAUUCCAAGGAAUUAGGAAAACUGUGACGGCUGAUGAGCUACUCGAGUCCAAAAUCAUUGAUAAGAACCUUUAUGACGACUUCAGUGCAGGCAAAGUCACCGUAGACCAUGUGAGUGAAAUGGACUCUGUGCGCAAAUACCUCCAAGGGACUAACAGCAUUGCUGGAGUGUAUGUUCAAUCCACAAAAAAAACACUUAGCAUCCAAGAAGCCAAAACCAAGGGACUUCUGACACCUGGAACAUCUCUAAUCCUACUUGAAGCUCAGGCUGCCACUGGUUUUGUCAUCGACCCAGUCAACAACAGGAAGUUGUCGGUGGAGGAAGCCGUUGCCGCAGAUGUGGUUGGUGCAGAAUGGAAGAGCAAACUCCUGUCAGCAGAGAGGGCUGUCACUGGCUACACUGACCCUUACACUGGCAAUACAAUCUCCCUGUUCCAGGCCUUGAAGAAAGAACUGAUUGUAAAGGAUCACGGCAUUCGUCUGCUAGAGGCCCAAAUCGCUACUGGAGGCAUCAUCGAUCCAGUGUACAGCCAUCGAGUACCAGUAGAAGUGGCCUACCAGAGGGGCUACUUUGAUGAAGAAAUGAACCAAAUCCUCUCAGAUCCAGAUGACGACACAAAAGGCUUCUUUGAUCCCAACACUCAGGAGAACCUCACCUAUCUGCAGCUGGUGGAGAGGUGUAUGAGGGAUCCUGAGACAGGACUCAGCCUGCUUGUAGUUGUGAAGAAAGGGGAGUUUUACUUUUACAUUGAUGAGCACACAAAGACCAUUCUCAAGUCCACCACAACAACAAAGGCAGGAGGCAAAUUCACUGGGCAGACGGUUUCACUGUGGGAACUCCUAUACUUCCAGUACAUCACCGAGGAGAAGCGAAGAGAUCUUGUACAGCAGUACAAAUCUGGAUCAAUUACAAUUGAACACUUCAUGGAGCGAGUACUGAGGAUAAUUCAGCAGAAAACAUCCUCAACAACAGUUGAACAAACAACAGAAAAAUCAGAGUUUCAAAACUCAAAGACAACAACUAUGACAACAACAACAACUGAAACAGCAUUCCAAGGAAUUAGGAAAGAUGUGACGGCUCAUGAGCUUCUUGAGUCCAAAAUCAUUGAUAAGAACCUUUAUGACGACCUCAGUGCAGGCAAAGUCACCGUAGACCAUGUGAGUGAAAUGGACUCUGUGCGCAAAUACCUCCAAGGGACUAACAGCAUUGCUGGAGUGUAUGUUCAAUCCACUAAAAAAACACUUAGCAUCCAAGAAGCCAAAACUAAGGGACUUCUGACACCUGGAACAUCUCUAGUCCUACUAGAAGCUCAGGCUGCCACUGGUUUUGUCAUCGACCCAGUCAACAACAGGAAGUUGUCGGUGGAGGAAGCCGUUGCCGCAGGUGUGGUGGGUGCAGAAUGGAAGAGCAAACUCCUGUCAGCAGAGAGGGCUGUCACUGGCUACACUGACCCUUACACUGGCAAUACAAUCUCCCUAUUCCAGGCCUUGAAGAAAGAACUGAUUGUAAAGGAUCACGGCAUUCGUCUGCUAGAGGCCCAAAUCGCUACUGGAGGCAUCAUCGAUCCAGUGUACAGCCAUCGAGUACCAGUAGAAGUGGCCUACCAGAGGGGCUACUUUGAUGAAGAAAUGAACCAAAUCCUCUCAGAUCCAGAUGACGACACAAAAGGCUUCUUCGAUCCCAACACUCAGGAGAACCUCACCUAUCUGCAGCUGGUGGAGAGGUGUAUGAGGGAUCCUGAGACAGGACUCAGCCUGCUUGUAGUUGUGAAGAAAGGGGAGUUUUACUUUUACAUUGAUGAGCACACAAAGACCAUUCUCAAGUCCACCACAACAACAAAGGCAGGAGGCAAAUUCACUGGGCAGACGGUUUCACUGUGGGAACUCCUAUACUUCCAGUACAUCACCGAGGAGAAGCGAAGAGAUCUUGUACAGCAGUACAAAUCUGGAUCAAUUACAAUUGAACACUUCAUGGAGCGAGUACUGAGGAUAAUUCAGCAGAAAACAUCCUCAACAACAGUUGAACAAACAACAGAAAAAUCAGAGUUUCAAAACUCAAAGACAACAACUAUGACAACAACAACUGAAACAGCAUUCCAAGGAAUUAGGAAAACUGUGACGGCUUAUGAGCUACUCGAGUCCAAAAUCAUUGAUAAGAACCUUUAUGACGACUUCAGUGCAGGCAAAGUCACCGUAGACCAUGUGAGUGAAAUGGACUCUGUGCGCAAAUACCUCCAAGGGACUAACAGCAUUGCUGGAGUGUAUGUUCAAUCCACUAAAAAAACACUUAGCAUCCAAGAAGCCAAAACCAAGGGACUUCUGACACCUGGAACAUCUCUAAUCCUACUUGAAGCUCAGGCUGCCACUGGUUUUGUCAUCGACCCAGUCAACAACAGGAAGUUGUCGGUGGAGGAAGCCGUUGCCGCAGGUGUGGUUGGUGCAGAAUGGAAGAGCAAACUCCUGUCAGCAGAGAGGGCUGUCACUGGCUACACUGACCCUUACACUGGCAAUACAAUCUCCCUGUUCCAGGCCUUGAAGAAAGAACUGAUUGUAAAGGAUCACGGCAUUCGUCUGCUAGAGGCCCAAAUCGCUACUGGAGGCAUCAUCGAUCCAGUGUACAGCCAUCGAGUACCAGUAGAAGUGGCCUACCAGAGGGGCUACUUUGAUGAAGAAAUGAACCAAAUCCUCUCAGAUCCAGAUGACGACACAAAAGGCUUCUUCGAUCCCAACACUCAGGAGAACCUCACCUAUCUGCAGCUGGUGGAGAGGUGUAUGAGGGAUCCUGAGACAGGACUCAGCCUGCUUGUAGUUGUGAAGAAAGGGGAGUUUUACUUUUACAUUGAUGAGCACACAAAGACCAUUCUCAAGUCCACCACAACAAAGGCAGGAGGCAAAUUCACUGGGCAGACGGUUUCACUGUGGGAACUCCUAUACUUCCAGUACAUCACCGAGGAGAAGCGAAGAGAUCUUGUACAGCAGUACAAAUCUGGAUCAAUUACAAUUGAACACUUCAUGGAGCGAGUACUGAGGAUAAUUCAGCAGAAAACAUCCUCAACAACAGUUGAACAAACAACAGAAAAAUCAGAGUUUCAAAACUCAAAGACAACAACUAUGACAACAACAACAACUGAAACAGCAUUCCAAGGAAUUAGGAAAGAUGUGACGGCUCAUGAGCUUCUUGAGUCCAAAAUCAUUGAUAAGAACCUUUAUGACGACCUCAGUGCAGGCAAAGUCACCGUAGACCAUGUGAGUGAAAUGGACUCUGUGCGCAAAUACCUCCAAGGGACUAACAGCAUUGCUGGAGUGUAUGUUCAAUCCACUAAAAAAACACUUAGCAUCCAAGAAGCCAAAACUAAGGGACUUCUGACACCUGGAACAUCUCUAGUCCUACUAGAAGCUCAGGCUGCCACUGGUUUUGUCAUCGACCCAGUCAACAACAGGAAGUUGUCGGUGGAGGAAGCCGUUGCCGCAGGUGUGGUGGGUGCAGAAUGGAAGAGCAAACUCCUGUCAGCAGAGAGGGCUGUCACUGGCUACACUGACCCUUACACUGGCAAUACAAUCUCCCUAUUCCAGGCCUUGAAGAAAGAACUGAUUGUAAAGGAUCACGGCAUUCGUCUGCUAGAGGCCCAAAUCGCUACUGGAGGCAUCAUCGAUCCAGUGUACAGCCAUCGAGUACCAGUAGAAGUGGCCUACCAGAGGGGCUACUUUGAUGAAGAAAUGAACCAAAUCCUCUCAGAUCCAGAUGACGACACAAAAGGCUUCUUCGAUCCCAACACUCAGGAGAACCUCACCUAUCUGCAGCUGGUGGAGAGGUGUAUGAGGGAUCCUGAGACAGGACUCAGCCUGCUUGUAGUUGUGAAGAAAGGGGAGUUUUACUUUUACAUUGAUGAGCACACAAAGACCAUUCUCAAGUCCACCACAACAACAAAGGCAGGAGGCAAAUUCACUGGGCAGACGGUUUCACUGUGGGAACUCCUAUACUUCCAGUACAUCACCGAGGAGAAGCGAAGAGAUCUUGUACAGCAGUACAAAUCUGGAUCAAUUACAAUUGAACACUUCAUGGAGCGAGUACUGAGGAUAAUUCAGCAGAAAACAUCCUCAACAACAGUUGAACAAACAACAGAAAAAUCAGAGUUUCAAAACUCAAAGACAACAACUAUGACAACAACAACUGAAACAGCAUUCCAAGGAAUUAGGAAAACUGUGACGGCUUAUGAGCUACUCGAGUCCAAAAUCAUUGAUAAGAACCUUUAUGACGACUUCAGUGCAGGCAAAGUCACCGUAGACCAUGUGAGUGAAAUGGACUCUGUGCGCAAAUACCUCCAAGGGACUAACAGCAUUGCUGGAGUGUAUGUUCAAUCCACUAAAAAAACACUUAGCAUCCAAGAAGCCAAAACCAAGGGACUUCUGACACCUGGAACAUCUCUAAUCCUACUUGAAGCUCAGGCUGCCACUGGUUUUGUCAUCGACCCAGUCAACAACAGGAAGUUGUCGGUGGAGGAAGCCGUUGCCGCAGGUGUGGUUGGUGCAGAAUGGAAGAGCAAACUCCUGUCAGCAGAGAGGGCUGUCACUGGCUACACUGACCCUUACACUGGCAAUACAAUCUCCCUGUUCCAGGCCUUGAAGAAAGAACUGAUUGUAAAGGAUCACGGCAUUCGUCUGCUAGAGGCCCAAAUCGCUACUGGAGGCAUCAUCGAUCCAGUGUACAGCCAUCGAGUACCAGUAGAAGUGGCCUACCAGAGAGGCUACUUUGAUGAAGAAAUGAACCAAAUCCUCUCAGAUCCAGAUGACGACACAAAAGGCUUCUUCGAUCCCAACACUCAGGAGAACCUCACCUAUCUGCAGCUGGUGGAGAGGUGUAUGAGGGAUCCUGAGACAGGACUCAGCCUGCUUGUAGUUGUGAAGAAAGGGGAGUUUUACUUUUACAUUGAUGAGCACACAAAGACCAUUCUCAAGUCCACCACAACAACAAAGGCAGGAGGCAAAUUCACUGGGCAGACGGUUUCACUGUGGGAACUCCUAUACUUCCAGUACAUCACCGAGGAGAAGCGAAGAGAUCUUGUACAGCAGUACAAAUCUGGAUCAAUUACAAUUGAACACUUCAUGGAGCGAGUACUGAGGAUAAUUCAGCAGAAAACAUCCUCAACAACAGUUGAACAAACAACAGAAAAAUCAGAGUUUCAAAACUCAAAGACAACAACUAUGACAACAACAACAACAACUGAAACAGCAUUCCAAGGAAUUAGGAAAGAUGUGACGGCUCAUGAGCUUCUUGAGUCCAAAAUCAUUGAUAAGAACCUUUAUGACGACCUCAGUGCAGGCAAAGUCACCGUAGACCAUGUGAGUGAAAUGGACUCUGUGCGCAAAUACCUCCAAGGGACUAACAGCAUUGCUGGAGUGUAUGUUCAAUCCACUAAAAAAACACUUAGCAUCCAAGAAGCCAAAACUAAGGGACUUCUGACACCUGGAACAUCUCUAGUCCUACUAGAAGCUCAGGCUGCCACUGGUUUUGUCAUCGACCCAGUCAACAACAGGAAGUUGUCGGUGGAGGAAGCCGUUGCCGCAGGUGUGGUGGGUGCAGAAUGGAAGAGCAAACUCCUGUCAGCAGAGAGGGCUGUCACUGGCUACACUGACCCUUACACUGGCAAUACAAUCUCCCUAUUCCAGGCCUUGAAGAAAGAACUGAUUGUAAAGGAUCACGGCAUUCGUCUGCUAGAGGCCCAAAUCGCUACUGGAGGCAUCAUCGAUCCAGUGUACAGCCAUCGAGUACCAGUAGAAGUGGCCUACCAGAGGGGCUACUUUGAUGAAGAAAUGAACCAAAUCCUCUCAGAUCCAGAUGACGACACAAAAGGCUUCUUCGAUCCCAACACUCAGGAGAACCUCACCUAUCUGCAGCUGGUGGAGAGGUGUAUGAGGGAUCCUGAGACAGGACUCAGCCUGCUUGUAGUUGUGAAGAAAGGGGAGUUUUACUUUUACAUUGAUGAGCACACAAAGACCAUUCUCAAGUCCACCACAACAACAAAGGCAGGAGGCAAAUUCACUGGGCAGACGGUUUCACUGUGGGAACUCCUAUACUUCCAGUACAUCACCGAGGAGAAGCGAAGAGAUCUUGUACAGCAGUACAAAUCUGGAUCAAUUACAAUUGAACACUUCAUGGAGCGAGUACUGAGGAUAAUUCAGCAGAAAACAUCCUCAACAACAGUUGAACAAACAACAGAAAAAUCAGAGUUUCAAAACUCAAAGACAACAACUAUGACAACAACAACUGAAACAGCAUUCCAAGGAAUUAGGAAAACUGUGACGGCUUAUGAGCUACUCGAGUCCAAAAUCAUUGAUAAGAACCUUUAUGACGACUUCAGUGCAGGCAAAGUCACCGUAGACCAUGUGAGUGAAAUGGACUCUGUGCGCAAAUACCUCCAAGGGACUAACAGCAUUGCUGGAGUGUAUGUUCAAUCCACUAAAAAAACACUUAGCAUCCAAGAAGCCAAAACCAAGGGACUUCUGACACCUGGAACAUCUCUAAUCCUACUUGAAGCUCAGGCUGCCACUGGUUUUGUCAUCGACCCAGUCAACAACAGGAAGUUGUCGGUGGAGGAAGCCGUUGCCGCAGGUGUGGUUGGUGCAGAAUGGAAGAGCAAACUCCUGUCAGCAGAGAGGGCUGUCACUGGCUACACUGACCCUUACACUGGCAAUACAAUCUCCCUGUUCCAGGCCUUGAAGAAAGAACUGAUUGUAAAGGAUCACGGCAUUCGUCUGCUAGAGGCCCAAAUCGCUACUGGAGGCAUCAUCGAUCCAGUGUACAGCCAUCGAGUACCAGUAGAAGUGGCCUACCAGAGAGGCUACUUUGAUGAAGAAAUGAACCAAAUCCUCUCAGAUCCAGAUGACGACACAAAAGGCUUCUUCGAUCCCAACACUCAGGAGAACCUCACCUAUCUGCAGCUGGUGGAGAGGUGUAUGAGGGAUCCUGAGACAGGACUCAGCCUGCUUGUAGUUGUGAAGAAAGGGGAGUUUUACUUUUACAUUGAUGAGCACACAAAGACCAUUCUCAAGUCCACCACAACAACAAAGGCAGGAGGCAAAUUCACUGGGCAGACGGUUUCACUGUGGGAACUCCUAUACUUCCAGUACAUCACCGAGGAGAAGCGAAGAGAUCUUGUACAGCAGUACAAAUCUGGAUCAAUUACAAUUGAACACUUCAUGGAGCGAGUACUGAGGAUAAUUCAGCAGAAAACAUCCUCAACAACAGUUGAACAAACAACAGAAAAAUCAGAGUUUCAAAACUCAAAGACAACAACUAUGACAACAACAACAACUGAAACAGCAUUCCAAGGAAUUAGGAAAGAUGUGACGGCUCAUGAGCUUCUUGAGUCCAAAAUCAUUGAUAAGAACCUUUAUGACGACCUCAGUGCAGGCAAAGUCACCGUAGACCAUGUGAGUGAAAUGGACUCUGUGCGCAAAUACCUCCAAGGGACUAACAGCAUUGCUGGAGUGUAUGUUCAAUCCACUAAAAAAACACUUAGCAUCCAAGAAGCCAAAACUAAGGGACUUCUGACACCUGGAACAUCUCUAGUCCUACUAGAAGCUCAGGCUGCCACUGGUUUUGUCAUCGACCCAGUCAACAACAGGAAGUUGUCGGUGGAGGAAGCCGUUGCCGCAGGUGUGGUGGGUGCAGAAUGGAAGAGCAAACUCCUGUCAGCAGAGAGGGCUGUCACUGGCUACACUGACCCUUACACUGGCAAUACAAUCUCCCUAUUCCAGGCCUUGAAGAAAGAACUGAUUGUAAAGGAUCACGGCAUUCGUCUGCUAGAGGCCCAAAUCGCUACUGGAGGCAUCAUCGAUCCAGUGUACAGCCAUCGAGUACCAGUAGAAGUGGCCUACCAGAGAGGCUACUUUGAUGAAGAAAUGAACCAAAUCCUCUCAGAUCCAGAUGACGACACAAAAGGCUUCUUCGAUCCCAACACUCAGGAGAACCUCACCUAUCUGCAGCUGGUAGAGAGGUGUGUUAGGGAUCCGUGCACAGGCCUAAGUUUACUUAGUCUCAACAAAUAAUGGAGUUACAGGAAUUUCGGUUUGACAGAUUCUUUUUAGAAUGAAGAAUAUAACAGUCUCCUUCUUUAAAAUGUUGGACCUAAACCUGUGUCAAAAUAUGUUACAGCUCCUCUACAUUUCCUUAACAUUUGUCAUUUGCUGUACUAUUAGAAAUAUGCAAGCAGCAGCAUUGUACUCAUUAUAUCUAUUUAACCACAAAUCAGGUCCAAAAGGCCCUUAGAUUUGAAGACACUGUAAACAUUUUUUAACGGCUUUUGGUAUGAUGGUAAUAGUUUAAAGGUACAAAAUAAUGUAGCUUCAUUAUGUCUUUGAAAAAGCGAUGCUUUCUAGUAAUGCAACAUCUUUAAUUGUGUUUUUGAUAAAACUAUUUAAUUCUGAAUAAGAUAACUGCUGAAUCACUAAUGAAUGUAAAUUUACAUUUUAUUGAAUUUAAUGAUGAUUUUUUUGGGCACCCUGCUCUGUCUUUAUGGCACCCUGCUCUGAAUGUGAAUUUGACCAUACAGGACAAUAAAUGGAAAGAUAAAA